CAGUCACUGUGCCUGCAGCCGAGCUGCGGAUUCCAUGCUGCCUAAUUCUGCACCUGUGUACAGAAACGGUGCGAAUAAAACAUGAUAAACCGAAGCUGUUUGCGUUGCCUGAAGAACACGAUGUGCUUCCUCAAUUUCCUCUGCUGGCUGUGCGGUGCCUUCGUUCUUGCAUUUGGAAUCUUCAUGAUGAUGAACUCCAGGUUCAGCUCUCUGAUCCUUAGCUUUUGGCCCAUCUUCCCUGCCAACACCCUGGUUGUCACGGGAACUAUUGUCACCUGUGUGUGCUACCUCGGCUUCCUAGGGGCCCUGAAGGAAAACCGCUGCCUACUCAUCUCUUUCUUCAUCUUGCUCUUCAUUCUGAUGCUAGUGGAACUGGCCAUGGCUUGUGUCUUUCUGGUAUACAACAGGGAGAUUGACACAUUCUUUGAAAAUGACCUACUGCACAGCCUAGAAGCAUACAAGCAGUCAACAGAAACUGGUAACCAGACUCUCAAAGAUGACUUUGAUGCCAUCCAGAGCAUAUUCAAGUGCUGUGGAGUCCAUGGGGUUUCUGACUGGGAGGGUAACGUGCCCAUCUCUUGCUGCACUUCUGACCCCUGCAAUAGCAGCCCUCAGGAGAACUGGCAAGAGGGCUGUCACCUCAAGCUGAGGAACUGGUUUGCACGGAACUUCCUGAGCACAGGAGCUGGUGUGGUCUCAAUGUUCAUCCUUCAGUUCUUCUGCUUGUGCUUCACUGUCCCUCUCUUCUGUCACCUGAGUCGGACUGGACUUGGAUACAAAUGAACAGAGACUCCACCCCCCAACCUUCCUGUGGUCCAUGACCUAUCGCCACACAGCAGCACCGAGUUCAGAGAGGCUGAUCUGGGAACUGUAACACAUUGAUGUGCCUGCUCUUCAGUCUUUAAAAAGCCUUCAUUUUUAAAAUUCUGAACGGGAACCUGAUUCUUCACCCCCAACUCCUUAUGCACUUUAAUGGCUUCAGGUGCAAUGUUGACAGCCAGCUACUAAACAAAACUCUGUAUCUGAAGAGAGAGCUACAGAUUUAGCUAUUUUGAAAGUUACCAUGGGAUUAUUGUUUGGCUGUGGUUUGUGAAUUAAAUGUGCUUUUUUUAAACCAAUACCAUCUUAAGUGUCUACCAGCCCUCACCUAAAUUUAGCUUAUUUUGUAAGCUAGCUACCAAACUAUCAGUAGCAACAUUGUUCAAAUAGUUAAUUUGGCUACCAUGAUUGAACAUUUCAUUAAGCAAGUUACCUAAAUAGCUAUCUGUGCUCUACAUCUGUUAAUUAAUUAGAUUUAUUAAUUUAA